GUAUUCUAUCAAUGGUCACUGGAACGUUAUCAAUUCCUACUGCAUAAAACUACGACAAGUUUAACGUUUUCGGGUCAUUCGGUUGAGUGGUCGGCUCUCAGCUGCCACUUUUAAAUUCCAUCGAAAAAAAUAUUUUCAUCGUGUGUUACUGACAAUAGAUAUUUUUUUUUUGUUUUAAAAAAGGACGAGAUCCUUGUAAAAAUUGUUAACUCAAUCGAGUGAGCUUGUUAAUUUAAAAUAAAAAUAAACAGGUGGUGACAAAAAAUACAGCUUUGAAAUAGAAUUCAAAUUUAAAACUCGUAAAUUUUUUUUUGUGAUUUCAAAAUGUACACGUUUAUUUACUUGCUGACCGUUGCAUUAAGCUGUCAUGUUCAUGCCCUUAGUAUCGUAUCAACUCCGGAAAAAUCAGAUCUUUGUGACAGCCCAAUUUAUUGUCAUGGAGAACUUUUGAAAACUGUACAAUUGGCAGAAGUAUUUUCCGAUAGUAAAACCUUCGUUGAUCUUUAUCAGUUACAUGAUCCGUCAGUAACUUUGGCCAACUUCGAAAAGUUUAUGUCGGCAACAGGAGGUAACCCAAAUAAAACCGAGGUAUCCAAAUUCGUAGCAGCUAAUUUUCACAGUAGUAUUGACGUACUACCUUGGACACCUUCUGACUGGCAAUCAAACCCCACAAUACUCGAACGUAUCCAGGAUCCAAAAUAUCGUCAAUGGGCAUAUCAAUUAAACUUUGUAUGGUUGAAUUUAUCACGACAAAUGUCACCAGAAAUAAUAGCACGUCCUGAGAGAUAUAGUGCUAUUCCUCUUGAGAAUGGAUUUAUUGUCCCCGGUGGUAGAUUUCAAGAAACUUACUACUGGGACAGCUAUUGGGUUAUUGAAGGACUUCUAAUUUCCGGAAUGAAAGAAACAGCGAAAGGAAUUAUUUUAAAUUUUAUAUCAAUGGUAAAUAGAUUUGGCUUUAUUCCAAACGGUGGACGGGUAUACUACUUGAUGAGAAGUCAACCUCCCCUACUUAUUCCUAUGGUUGAAAAGUAUAUAGAAGCUACUGGUGAUAUAAAAUUCCUAUCAGAUAAUCUACUAACGCUUGAAAAAGAAUUCGCUUUCUUUAUACGAGAAAAAACGAUUGAAGUCACGAAGAAUAACAAAACUCAUAAAAUGGCACGCUAUGUAGUAAACAGUGACGGCCCACGUCCGGAAAGUUAUCGUGAGGACUUCAAGGAAGCUCAGAAUUUUGACAGUAUCGAACGUCGUAAAACUUUUUAUGAAGACAUAAAAGCUGGUGCUGAAAGUGGUUGGGACUUUUCGUCACGUUGGUUUAUCCCCAGUGGACCAGGACUAGGAAAUCUUUCAGAUAUUUCAACGAGAAAUAUUAUUCCAGUCGAUCUUAAUGCAUUUCUCCAACGUAAUGCACGUCUCUUGAGUCAGUUUAACCAGCUUUUAGGAAAUGAAGUGAAAGCGAGAAAAUACAGGAAUAUUGCGAUUGAUUACCAGAACGCGAUUGAUGAUAUUCUGUGGAACGAAGAGCUGGGUAUUUGGUUAGAUUAUGACAUGAAAAAUGGACGUCCAAGAAAAUUCUUUUAUCCUUCUAAUCUUACCCCGCUAUAUACUCGUAGUUUUGAUCGUAAAAAUGCAUCAACUUAUGCACAAAAAGUUGUCGAUUACUUAAAAGCUGAAGGAAUCGAUAGUUUCAUGGGCGGUACACCGACAUCAUUAACUCAUACUGGUGAACAAUGGGAUUGGCCUAAUGCAUGGCCACCACUUCAAUCAAUUAUGGUUCAAGGACUCCGAAACCUUGGUAUUGAACCAGCGCUCAGUAUGGCUAAAGAGCUUGCAAUGAGGUGGCUUAAGGCCAAUUAUAUUGGUUUCCAAGAGGGUGGAGUAAUGUAUGAAAAGUAUAGUGCCAUCGAUCCUGGAAAAUACGGCGGAGGUGGUGAAUACGAUGUGCAAGCUGGUUUUGGAUGGACGAAUGGUAUCGUAUUUGAAUUCCUUGAUACAUAUCCAGAUGCUAAGUCAUAACUUAUCGUUAUCCUGAUCCUACGAUUCUACCGAUAAAUAACUUUAAUUGUACAAGAUUUAUUUUCAUAUUUCACUGGUGUUACGUCUUUAUACAAAUUGGAUGGUUACAAAGAUCGAUAAACUUUUUAGCAAAAUGAAAACAAUAAAUU